AUGGCCGCCGACGGUGGUCCCCUCGCGGCCUCGUCUGCGUCUCUCGAUUCAAGUCUAAGCCCUCUUCAUGCAUCUCCCUCGCCCUCCUCGACCUACAUUGCUUCGUCCCUCGCCCUAUCUGCUCCCGCCAUAGCCGCCAGCUUUUCUGUGGCUUCAACCUUUUCAAAUUCUCUUAUCCCACCCCCGCCGUUAUCCCCUCCUACACCUUCAACCAUGGUGGGGUGGUUCGGAUGGGUGUUUUCUUUCUUUUUCCAGGUCAUCCCAAGCGUCCUGUACUGGGUGAUAACGUUUGCAACCAUCACGCUGCCCACAUGGCUAUUCACGCUGUUUUCAAUGAGUUUGACCUUCACUAUGAAUUUCACCACCCUCUUGUUGAUCGCGCUGGCGAUCGUAUCGACCAUCAGUUGGUUCAUUCGUUACCGGUUCUUGAAUAUGUAUAGUCGUCUACCUCCGGAGCCCCAACGCAAAGAACCCGAUCUCGAUCUCUUCCCCGAUGUCCAGGAAGGGGAUUCCAAACCGGGCCUGGCCAAUUACCUUGACGAAUUCUUAAGCGCCAUCAAGGUCUUUGGUUAUCUGGAACGUCCUGUAUUCCAUGAAUUGACUCGAACCAUGCAAACGAGGAAGCUGAUUGCUGGGGAAACCUUGAUGCUGGAGGAAGAGAAAGGCUUCUGUCUAGUAGUGGAUGGUUUGGUCCAGAUAUUCGUCAAGUCCAUGCGGGACGGAAAAUCAAACGUAGACGAUGGUUCAACCCGCAUGGGGGCAGAGUCUUCUGAUGAGGACGAUCAUCAUAUGGACGGAAAGCAAGGGUACCAACUUCUUACGGAAGUCAAAAAUGGCGCCUCCAUGUCGUCCUUGUUCUCCAUCCUGUCCUUGUUCACCGAGGAUAUUCAACUACGAGCCAACGAAGGCUCGUCUUCUAGUGCAUCCAGCGUAGGCCCUAGCACUAUUGCCCAGGUAUCUGACUCGUUCCUGGCGAGUCCUCACGGCUUGGAGGACAGCCUCGUUCUAAUUUUAUUAGAGAUCAAGGUGACUCCGUCGCCCAGAUAA